GUGAAAGAGGUGUGGGUAAUAUUUAUGUAUGUGAUUGAAGGGUCCAAGCACAUCAAACUUGGUUAAAUUCUAUAAAGAAACUCAUUGGUCAAAGAAGAAAGGGGCAUUUUUCACUCCCAUGACAGAAACUUACUAUAAUACGAUGUGUGAGAAAUUAGAUGAGAUUCAGCCUGAGGAGCGCACAGAUGAGGCUGCAAAAGUGAUAUUCAGAGAUGUGCUUGGACACAGGUCUGGUUAUACAAGAGGACUUGGUGGUUCAAUUAUACCUGAGAAUAGACCGUCAGCUAUGUCAGCACAACUUGAGCAGCUGGCUCAAGAAAAUGAGAAGAAUAAAAAUGAGGCAUUGAAGUACAAGACCGAAUUGGAUGAGAUGAAAAGGGAUGUACGACAAUUAUUGGUUUGGCAAAUGUCCUAUGACCAGAGGAUGAAUGACUCAACAUCUCAAAGAGUGUCUAAUCCUGGCACUCAAGGAGAUGAUCUUUAGCUGGAAGGAUUUAUGAACUGGGAGUUAUUUUGAUAUUUUGUUAAGAAGUCUUAGUAAUUAAUUGGUGGCAGGAAUUUAUUUAGUUACAUGUUUUGUAAA